AUGAUUGAUCUAUCCCCCUUGUACCCUACUUAUGUCAUUGAUACGUUGAGCAAGUGUGUUCAAGAGGCCUUCAACAUGCUGCGAUACAACGCUCCAUUGCGCAACGGUCACCGCAAAGAGUUUCCAGACAUCUAUGAUGAAAUCCUGUACGAAAUGCGGCCUCUUCUUCGUCCUCAAGACAAGAUACGCGUGGCUGGGCGGCAGAAGUAUAGACUCCAUGGAGAAGAUGAGGAAACGACCAGUCUCCCCCCACUCGAGGGCUUCGGUAUUAGGGAUGUCAUGGUAAACAUGACAGAAGCGACGCCUCCCGCUGAACUGGAUCCUCAACAUUGGAACAUCCCCUACGGCAUGCAAGAAUCCAUCAGCGCAUACAAGCGCGUUGCAACAGACCAUGGAUGGCAGGUUCCUUCAGGAUUCGACAAGCUGGCCCUCUGA